CAGCAAGAAACAUAGAUCACCGGUUUCCCGCAUCCCUUCCAAGCUGUUCCAGUUGAAGCUAAUAUCAUCGUCGCUACAAUGAUGUCAUCCGGCGAUGCUCUGUCAACACUUGGCUCCGUCACCGCCAACGCUCUUACCCUGAUCAGCCAACUGGAAGUUGCUGUGUCAAGUGUCGCCACAGCAAAGGAGGUUGGCGCUGUGAGCGCAGCGCAGUCAGUGGCGGAACGGCUUGCCGCAACCGACAAACUUCUCGACGCACUAUCCCUAGCACAUGAUUCGGCAGCCCUGAUCAAGGCGCACGCCACCAAGAUAUCUCUCCUUAUCAUCAACGAGCCCUUCACGCCGACGGCCAUUACGAAGGUGCUCCGAGAGCUUGUUGCUAGUGCCGUGCCCAGCUUAGCCGCCGCAGUUGAGGUGUGUGCGCCGGAGCGAUACACGCGAGGUAUUCAACAAGAUCUAGCUUGGCGGGCGGGGCGUGUGCUCAAGGAGUUGGGGGAGCUCCUCUCGCGGAUUCCUAAAGAUGGAAAGGUCCUCUCCGAUUCCAAGAAGAACGCAUCAGCCGGGGCGGUUGGGGGCAGAGGCAGUAUCGCUACCACAGGUGUAUUGUGGUCUGCUUGCGACGAUGUUAUGGCCUUCGCCAAGCGGGGAUUUGCUGGCAAUCUGGCGCACAAGGUGGACCAGCUCCGGGACACGCUGAAAGAUGUCAUGGAUGAGCUCAAGGAAUGGAGCGAGGAGGUGGACGAUGACGACCAAGAAGAUGAUGGUGAGAGCGAUGAAGACGACGAUGGUGUUGCUCAAGUCACUUCGGACCUUGGAUCCAGCUCAAUAUCUGCUACGCGAGACACCCAGGACAUAUUGGACGAUUUAAUGAACUCGCAGCGGUCGAUUCCUCGCAAUGAUCCGGACAAGAUUCGGGAGAGGUUAGAAUCAUGCCUCAAGAGGCUCCGCUUGACAACUCUGUUGUACCAGGCCGCUGUCAAGCGUAGGUUCAAGCCCUUGCCACACCUGCCCCCGGCUUCAUCCUCAGAUAUCCCGGCCCGCCUCGACGAGGUUGUCCCCCUUCUUAAGAGGAUACCAGAGAGGUUCGGCAGCCUAGCUAUGGCAUUCUACGAACUAGAUCCCGCCGAGAUUGAUCGGUUGAUGGACGAGUGCUUCUUUGACGCCUUCGCAGCCUCCGAGCUGCUCGUCAAACCAUGGGAAGGGCAGAAGGACGAGUUUUCGGACUGGGCGUUGCGAUUUCAGGCAGAGAUAAAGAAGGGAUAAGGCGAAUCCUUUUGGCGGGUUUGCUCGCGGUCACUUUCUGGAAGUGCCUUGUCAUACACGACAGCUCGUGCCGGCGCCAGCACUGCUUGGUCCGUUGAUGUGUAGCAAGCCCCGUUGCCCACCAAGAACAAAACCACCAUCUAUUGCACUCCUAGCUGGCGAAUCCUUCCCAGUCUGGAUUCUUCCCCCUUUCUGGGGGAGCGGCGCAGUAACCGACGGAGAAAAUAGCCAAAGGAGCAAGGAUAGAAGGGGAGAAAGGAAGCCAGAAGAAGAAGGAAAGCAGAAAGAAAGAAGGAAAGCAGAAAGAAAGAAGGAAAGCAGAAAGAAAGAAGGAAAGCAGAAAGAAAGAAGGAAAGCAGAAAGAAAGAAGGAAAGCAGAAAGAAAGAAGGAAAGCAGAAAGAAAGAAGGAAAGCAGAAAGAAAGA